AUGUCGGGUGGUGGUAACAUUAAAGUGGUGGUAAGAUGUCGUCCCCUCAAUACGAGAGAACUGACUCGUGGGGCAAAAUGCCUAAUUGAAAUGCGCGGCAAUCAGACCGUCCUUCACAGGCCUGACUUGUCAGAUCCCGGUAAUGCAAAAUCCACGAAAAAAGAAGAUAUGGCUUUUACGUUCGAUAAAUCGUAUUGGUCGGCUGACAAGAGUUCCUCAAACUAUGCUGAUCAAAAGACUUUGUACGAUGAUCUUGGCGUUGAACUACUCGAUCAUUCAUUCGAAGGUUAUAAUACCUGUAUCUUUGCAUAUGGACAGACUGGUUCAGGAAAAUCUUAUUCGAUGAUGGGAUAUGGUGAAGACAAAGGUAUAAUCCCGCUGACAUGCAGUGCUCUGUUCGAACGCAUCAGCGACAACCAGAAUCCAAACAUUACGUACAAAGUUCAAGUGUCGUAUAUCGAAAUUUACAAUGAACGUGUUCGUGAUUUGCUUAACCCGAAGAACAAGGGCAACCUAAAAGUCAGAGAACAUCCUAUACUCGGUCCAUAUGUCGAAGAUUUGUCUAAAUUGUUGGUCAAUUCAUUCGAUGAUAUAGAAAAUCUUAUGGAUGAGGGUAACAAGGCAAGAACGGUUGCUGCUACAAACAUGAACGCAACUUCAAGUCGUUCGCAUGCUGUAUUUACCUUGUUGCUUACACAAAAACGUCUAGAUGUGGAAACAAAUAUGGAAACGGAAAAAGUAUCUCGCAUCAGUUUGGUCGAUUUAGCUGGGUCUGAACGUGCCAAUUCUACUGGUGCAACUGGAGAUCGUCUGAAGGAAGGUGCCAAUAUAAACAAAUCCUUGACGACUUUGGGGAAAGUUAUUGCUGCAUUGGCCGAUCAACCGUCUGGUGGUAGUAAAAGUAAAAAGAAGGAACAGUUCGUACCUUAUAGAGAUUCGGUUCUGACAUGGUUGCUAAAGGAUAGUUUGGGUGGUAACUCCAAGACCGCUAUGAUUGCAGCCAUCUCUCCUGCAGAUUAUGAUGAAACACUCAGUACUCUGAGAUAUGCCGAUCAGGCCAAACGUAUCAAGAACAAGGCUAUCGUCAACGAAGAUCCUAAUGCUAAGCUUAUUCGUGAACUUAAGGAAGAAUUGUCACAAUUGCGUGCUAAGCUCGGUAUUAGCCCUGGUGACACGAUAGUUCGAGGAGGCGGCGGUGAUUCCGAAGAAAUUGUUGUUCUUCAAGACAAGGAGGGUAACACCAUUAAGAAAAAGAAGGGAGAACUUAUGGACCAACUUCAAGCUUCCGAAAAAUUGAUGACUGAAGUAAAUGAGAGUUGGGAAGAAAAAUUACGUCGUACACAAGAAAUUCAGCUUGAACGUGAAAAGGCUUUGGAAGAGCUUGGUAUCAUGGUCGAGAAGAAUGCUGUUGGUGUUCAUCCACCUAAGAAAGUUCCUCAUUUAGUAAAUUUGAACGAAGAUCCUUUGAUGUCAGAAUGUCUAGUAUAUCAACUUAAGUCGGGAGUUACUCGCGUUGGACGUCUUGAUGACCAGGUUCACGCUGAUAUUCGAUUGAGCGGUGAAAACAUCCUUCCCGAGCACUGUUAUUUCGAAAACAAAGAUGGCGUAGUCACUUUGUAUCCUACAAACGACAGCUUAACUAUAAUAAAUGGAAUGAGGACCAGCAAAGCGAAGAGAUUAAAAUCCGGUUUUCGCAUUAUUCUGGGAGAUUUUCAUGUAUUCCGAUAUAAUAAUCCAGAAGAAGUAAGACGAGAGCGCGCCAGGUCGAAGAAUUCAUUAAGCAUUAGUCUCACAGCCAAGGAGCACAAUAGCGGUGAGGAUACACCAAGGGCGGAUUCACCUACAUCUACUGCUUCGCUUAUGUCCGAGGCGGUAAUCGACUGGAGCUAUGCCAAGAAGGAAGCAGCACUAAACGGGCCUGGAAAUUUACCCGAUGAAGACUUGCAGAGACUUGUAGGAGAAGCGAUGCAACAACAACUUGAAUCACAGAAACAAGAAUAUGAAGAGAAGAUGCGUGUACUGACAGCUUCUAGUUUGGAGGCCGACGAAUUGAAGGCCGAGAAAAAACAAAUGGAAGAAAAACUCAAAAUGGUCCAAGAAGAAAUGCAAAGAAUGCUCGAGGUUCAAGCUCAAGAGUAUAAAGAAAAAAUGGCUAAAUUAACUGCCGCGCAAGCGACAUCCGAUCAUCGUCACUUUGCCGAGUUCCGACCGUACACAGACCAAGAGCUGCGUUUGAUUCACAAGACGCUGAAGAAGUGGAAACAUCAACGAUAUGUACAAAUGGCAGAAACAAUACUAAGCAACGCAGUUGUAUUAAAAGAAGCGAACGUCAUCAGUAGGGAGCUCGGAAAGAAAAUUCAAUAUCAACUUACUAUUAUCGAAGAUGAACCAUAUACCAACCCUGUUUCGUUUUAUGAAAGCACGUCAGCAUUAAAUCAAUACAAUACUAACGAGGAUACUUCCCUGCAUCUGUCUAAGAAACCGUGCGUUGGUGUGAAAGUAAUCGACUUCAAGAAUGGAGUGGUUUAUGUAUGGUCACUCGACAAACUGAAAGCUCGUAUGCAAAAGAUGCGCAACUUGUAUAAUUUUAUUGACCGACCUCAGUACAGUAAGCAUUUUAACUGGGAAGAUCCUUUCUACGAAAAUCCUUGUCCUCAAUUUACAUUCAUUGGGAGUGCGUCUAUGGCUUUAAGAUGUUUGAUUUUGAAGUCUGAAUACGAACAAAGAGUUCCCGUUAUCUGCCGUUAUUCUGGAAAAGCCAUAGCUCAAUGCCUAGUUCGGAUUAAAUUUAUCAGUGAUUCCAAGCAAUCGAAAGAUCCUUCCGAAAAUACCGUAUUUGAGGUUAGGAUUGAGGAGCUCACUGGAAUGGAUGAAGAACAAUACACUCAAGUCCAUGUUCAGUUUAAACUCUCGUCUUUCGGAGCGGUUCCUCCUCUAUCAUCAGGGGAACACAUUUAUGCUACAGAUUUUCAUAGUGAUUUUGCUACAGGACCAAUUCGCUUUGAUUAUGCACAGACUUUGUCAGUGGCGCUUACACCAGCAAUAGUCGAGGUACUUACGAACGGCAUGUUGGCAUUCGAAAUAUACGGGAAAGCGAAGCCUUGCGUUUUGCAGCAGAUUGAAAAAUGGGAUGAGAUUCAAGCAGGUGUUGGCGACAGUCUACCCGAAUGUGUUAUUCCCCGUGAACGACGAUCAGAAGAAGAACUUGUUGCCGAGGAGAAGCACGAUGUCGUCGCGUGGGUCCAAGUUUGUGAGAUGGCUCCCAGUGGAGACUAUGUGCCAGUACAAGUGCUAUCACAGAAUUCACUUGAUCCAGGUGCAUUUUUCUUAAGACAAGGCUUACAGCGUCGUAUUGUGCUAACACUCACUCAUAAUUCGGGUCGACAAUUUCCAUGGACUCGUGUAACCAAGAUGGAAAUUGGCCAUGUUCGAUUACUUGAUGGCAAGGGUAGAUUAGCCGAGUCGCCUACACAGAACGAUGUGCAAAUGAACAUAGUACCUCCCCACAAAGUCGAGUUCAAUAUAGAUGGAACGAGUACUCUUGUAGCUCAAUGUUCGUGGGAUAGUACACUACACGGCUCGCUAUUCCUCAAUCGCACAACUCAAUCUAAUAGUCGAGUUUUAUUGAGAUUAACAUGGUACGUGGAAGCUGAGAAAUGCGUUGAACCCAUCUGUUUCAAUAUGGAUAUUGCUGUACAAAUACAAGGAAGAGAAGCUCGACCACCUUCCAAAUUGAUACAGUUGUUGAACUCAUCAAAAGUACUAUGGAAGACCAGUGGACUUUUUUCUAUAACGCUUAAACCUCCAAUGACACGCAAGAUUUCAGAGCUUUGGCGUUUGAAUACUGCGAAUAAAUACGUGCGCGGCGAAGAGUUACUUGGUAAUUGGAAACCACGUGGGGUAUCAUUAGUCAAGGACUAUAAACGAAUAGGCGAAUCAAUACGCAAACGAGAAGCGGUAGAGUUUAUGAGACAGGUCCACAACCUUGAUGAAACGCGUGUAGUCGUUGCUGGCGCCAGUAGUAAGAUGAAUAACACUACAAGCCACGAGGAGAUACUUAAGAAAGCAGUUAAUUUGUGGAAGAAGAAAUGGGGCACGACAAAAGAGAUUGUAAUUAAUCAAGAUCCGCCUUUGUCAGGAUCUUAUCCAGACGCAGAAACAUACAAACAUACUAAAGACACCAAAUUAGUUGCUCAAGUGCGAAUGGUCGGGAAGACUGACCAAAUAACGAAAAGAGGCUAUCUGAAUACGCCAGAGAAUGCUGACGAUCACUGGGUGAAGCGGUGGUAUGUCUUGAGAAGGCCAUAUUUAUUCAUCUAUGAGUCACAAAAAGAAACAGAAGAACUUGGAGCCAUAAAUCUGUCGUCUGUACGCGUUGACUACAUGAAAGAAAGAGAAGAUAUGUUAAAGCGUCAAUACGUCUUUUCUAUUUAUACGAACAACAACGCUUACAUGCUACAAGCGUCUUCUAAACAAGAAAUGAUAGAUUGGAUCUCGAAGAUUGACCAAUUCUACCAAAUCGCUAAUCUGGAUUGA